AUGUACUGAGCUGAAUCCUAGAACAAUAGGAUUCAGAAUCAGCGGGAGCUACCCAAUCCAACUCCAGGUGGAAGUGAAUCCUCAACCUGAUUGGCCUGCUGGGGCAGCCAAUCAGGCGGCUGGCAGAAGUGAAUCUGCUACCUGAUUGGCCUGUAGGAGCAGCCAAUCAGGCUUCAGGCAGAAGUCAAUCCACAAUAUAAUUGGCCCACAGGUGUAGCCCUGAAGUAGCCAAUCACGCAAGGCCCAUUGUGUAAAUAAUGUAUAUAAGCAGAUGGUUUGGGGAAAAGAGGCAUUCGUCUUCUCUUCUCCUCCUUGAUGACUAUGAGCUGAAUAAAGAGCAUGAAAUUCACUCUUGACUCCGAGUAUAUUUCACUGGCGACGAAGGUGGGAUCCUGCUGAGCUGACCGCCACCACGCACUGCACCGCAGCACCGCCACCUGCUGCACCGCUGCAUCGCACCGUGCAUCCAGGCUUCAGCUCCAGGACCCAAGGAACCCAGAAUGGCAACCGACAGCAGCUUCUCGCCAUUCAAACCAGCAUCAGGAGACUGGGAAGGGUACGCCGCCCGUUUCAACUUCCUCCUGCAAGCGAAAGAAGUCACCAACGAUGCCAUGAAGAGGGCAACAUUCUUCAGCGUCUGUGGAGAGGAGACGUUUGAAAUCGCCCGGGCUCUCCUUGCACCUAGAGAUGUCGCUACCGUCUCUUACAAAACAAUAAUGGAACGGCUGAAGGAGCACUUCUCACCACAGCCCUCGGUGGUAGCUUGCCGAAAUGCCUUCUACGCAAAGCGGCAAGCCCCGGGGAAAACCAUAACUGGGUUUGUGACCUCCCUCCGCCAAGCCGCCCGGUUAUGCAACUUCUCAGAAUUGGAGAACAUGCUUCGUGACCGCCUCGUCGGGGGCCUGAGGGACGAGAUGUUGCAACGACGCCUCUACGCCAAAAAAGACCUCACGUUCCAGAUUGCUCUGGAGGAAGCCCUGGCAACCGAAGCCGCCGAGAGGUCAACGCAAGAGGCACGACCGGCCCCGCCAUCCCAACCGAGGGUCUACCACGAAGACCUCACCGACGAAUCCGAAUCUGACAGGGAGGAAGUACACCGAGUACAGCGGCGCACUCAAGCAGCACACACACCACAGCAGCCUCGACGAGAAGGAGGGAACUGUGCAAGCUGCGGGGAGAACCACGAGAGGAGGACCUGUCGUUUCCGCAACGCAGAGUGCAGGCAGUGCAGAAAAUUGGGACACAUCGCCCGGGUGUGUCGGGCUCGACUCACCCGUCGACAAGCAUCAGAUGACCGACCCAGGAGCCCCAGGUCACACGGCACCAUGCACCAAGGCAACUCCACGGAGAUCACGGACUACCAGGUAUUCCAGUUGCCCCAUCCCAGCACAGAGAAAAUUUAUAUAGAGGUACAGAUAGAGGGAGCCCCAUGCCGCAUGGAGCUGGACACGGGUUCAACUCUAUCCAUAAUCUCGGCCCGAACAUUAAGGGAACUGUGCCCUAAUGGGGGUCCCAAACUAAGGCCGGCCCCAUUCACCCUCCGGGACUUCCAGAAACGUAAGGUCCCUACUAUAGGGGUGGGGACCUUCAGGGUGCAAUAUCGAGGGCGAAAGCAACAAUUGGACUUGCUGGUAGUUAAGGGCCCCUACGUUAGCUUACUGGGACUGGCAUGGUUUGGACCUCUGGGGCUAGCCGUUACCGGGGUGAACCGCACUAGCUUACAAGUGGACGUGGACGCCAUAUGCAAAGAGUUUCCAGGGGUUUUCGAUGGGGCAUUGGGACGAUAUACAGGACCCCCCAUUGCCCUACAGCUAGACCCCGCUGUACGACCCAUCAGGCACAAGGCCCGCCGGGUCCCGUUCGCCCUGAAACCCCGCAUAGACGAGGAAUUGGACCGGCUCGUGGAGCAAAGAGUGCUGGAGCCGGUGCCCAACGCCCCCUGGGAAACUCCAAUUGUCACACCCGUCAAGCCUAACGGUUCGGUCCGCAUCUGUGCAGACUACAAAUGCACCAUAAACAAGGCUCUCACGGCCCAUGCAUACCCAGUGCCAGUGGUCAGCCAUGUCCUCGCCACCCUGGCUGGGUCAAAAAUCUUUGGCAAACUGGACUUGGCCCAAGCGUAUCAACAGUUGCCUGUGGACGAAGCCACAGCAGAGGCUCAGACGAUUGUGACGCACAGAGGGGCAUUCAGAGUUAAGCGGCUGCAAUUUGGCGUUAGCGUGGCACCAGGCAUAUUCCAGAAUCUAAUGGACUCUCUCCUUAAAGGGAUUCCUGGCGUCACCCCCUUCUUCGAUGAUGUACUGAUCGCCGGGCCCACACCAGAGGAAUUUGAGGACCGCCUCCGCUCCGUCCUGCACCGUUUCCAGACGGCGGGCCUCAAGGUGAAGCGGGAAAAGUGUUUACUGGGAGUGCCGCAGGUGGACUUUCUGGGAUUUAAGGUGGACGCAGAAGGGGUCCAUCCAACCGGUGACAAGGUACGGGCCAUUUGUGAGGCCCCAGCGCCCAAGAGCAAGCCCGAACUUCAGUCAUUCUUGGGACUAUUGAACUUUUACCAUGCCUUCCUUCCCCAUAAGGCAGCGGUAGCGGAGCCCCUACACAGACUCCUAGAUAAAAGGGCCCCUUGGGUGUGGGGCCAGCGACAAAGGGCCGCAUUCCAGGCAGUCAAGGACUUGCUCGUCUCGAACUCGGUCUUAGCACACUUCGACGAGAGGCUGCCAGUGGUGCUGGCAUGCGACGCCUCUCCCUAUGGCAUCGGCGCUGUCCUGGGACACCAACUCCCGGAUGGAAGAGAGGUGCCGGUGGCAUACUUCUCCCAGACGCUUGCUGCAGCCGAACGAAACUACUCACAGAUUGACAAGGAGGGUCUGGCAAUCGUGAAGGGCGUAAAAAAAUUCCAUGAUUUCUUGUACGGGCGGCCCUUUACCAUAGUGACUGACCACAAGCCGUUGCUUGGCCUGUUUGCCCCUGAGAAGCAGACCCCCCAAGUGUUGUCUCCACGUGUCCUCAGGUGGUCAAUUUUCCUUGCCGGCUACCAGUAUGCACUAAUCCACCGCCCUGGGAAGGCGAUAGGCCACGCAGACGCCCUCAGCAGGCUACCACUACCAGAAACAGGCCCCGACCCAGCGCCUGCGCAAGAGGUUAUGACCCUGGAGCUGCUUCCCGACCGACCCAUUCAGGCACAAGAAGUUGCGCACCAUUCCACAAAAGAUAGGGUCAUCUCCCGGGUCCUGGACUGGGUGUGGCGAGGAUGGCCCAGCAGCAGCCCCGGGCCAGAAUUCGCUGGCUACACAAACCGCAAACAUGAACUGUCGGCCCACAAGGGGUGCCUGUUAUGGGGAAGCAGGGUUGUUGUUCCCCAGCCCCUCCGCAAAAGGGUCCUCACAGCCCUACACGAGACACACCCAGGGGUAGUGAGGAUGAAGGCCCUUGCCAGGAGUUAUGUGUGGUGGCCGGGGAUUGACAGAGAGAUAGAGGCCUGGGUCCAACACUGCCAGACCUGCCAAGAAUCCCGCCCGGAUCCCCCAAGGGCCCCAGUCCAGCCCUGGGAGUCCGCCCGACAUCCAUGGUCACGCUUGCACGUGGACUUCGCUGGCCCCUUCCAGGGAAAAACAUUCUUCAUAGUGGUGGAUUCCUACACCAAAUGGCUGGAGGUCGCACUGGUACCAUCCACUUCUACGGCGGCAGCCAUCCGGGUACUACGUAAGCUGUUUGCGACCCACGGGCUCCCUGACACCCUCGUCUCGGACAAUGGAACCGCAUUCACGUCAGAGGAGUUCCAGACCUUCACAGCGCAGAACGCCAUCCGCCACAUCCGCUCAGCACCAUUCCACCCUGCCACCAAUGGCCAAGCGGAGCGCAUGGUGCGGACCACCAAGGACAGCCUCCGCCGCAUGACACAAGGGGACUGGGAAUACCGCCUUGCCGCAUUUCUUCUAGCACAGCACAGCACCCCAAGCACAACGACGGGCCGGAGCCCAGCUGAAUUACUAAUGGGCCGGCGCCUUGCAACUAGACUGGACCGACUUCACCCCGACAGAGCUCAGGAUGAGGUAGUGGUGGGGAAAGGCAGGAACCCCCGGACAUUUGUGGCCCAGGACCCAGUGUAUGCAAAGAAUUUUGGGGCAGGCCCAGCAUGGGUACCCGCCACAGUCACCAAGGUGACCGGUCCCGUGUCGUACGAGGUACUAACGGAAGGGGGGCAAUGUUGGCGCCGCCACUGCGACCAGCUACGGCGACGAUUCCCAGGAGGAACCCGGGAGGAGAGCGGGACAGAGGGGUCCCAAGGGGACAGCAGGGCAGUGAGGCCUGUAGAGCGAGAGGGGUGGGCAGGGGAAGCAGAAGCAGUAGGCACAGAGGGGCGCCCCGAGGCUGGAAGGACACCGGAACCAGAGCUACAACCUAGUGGUUCAGUGGCGCCAGACCAGACAGCCCUGGCACAGCCAGCAGCCUCGGAACACGAGCCAGAACCAGAACCCCUGACCAAGGAACACCCCAGGCCACAACGCACACGGAGGCGGCCAGCAGACCUUGGGGACUACGAAUGCAACUUCCCGGGCAGGACUGGAACUUAAAGGGGAGGGGUGUUAUGUACUGAGCUGAAUCCUAGAACAAUAGGAUUCAGAAUCAGCGGGAGCUACCCAAUCCAACUCCAGGUGGAAGUGAAUCCUCAACCUGAUUGGCCUGCUGGGGCAGCCAAUCAGGCGGCUGGCAGAAGUGAAUCUGCUACCUGAUUGGCCUGUAGGAGCAGCCAAUCAGGCUUCAGGCAGAAGUCAAUCCACAAUAUAAUUGGCCCACAGGUGUAGCCCUGAAGUAGCCAAUCACGCAAGGCCCAUUGUGUAAAUAAUGUAUAUAAGCAGAUGGUUUGGGGAAAAGAGGCAUUCGUCUUCUCUUCUCCUCCUUGAUGACUAUGAGCUGAAUAAAGAGCAUGAAAUUCACUCUUGACUCCGAGUAUAU